AACUAAUUAUGCUUAGACUGAUAGUUGAAAUUAACUCAGUCGAGACCCUCAAUUCUUUUUUGGCCUUAGGUGCCUUUCUUAACACUGCUUCUUCUUCAAACCAAAAUCGAAGUAGACAAAGCAAUGGACUCAGUAAUCUGCAAUCUCAAGCAUGGGUGCAAAUCUUUGUCUCAUGUGAAGUGGGUUUCAGCUUCUGGGUUUCACAUAUCGGUGGCUGGUGUUCUGGGUGUUACUGGUUUGCUUUUGGCUUUAAUAAGAGACCGCAACUUAGGGAAUUUAACUCGUUUACCUUGGUUGGCUCGGAGAGAAAAUCGUCUGGAGAAGCUCUACUUCGUUCCUGGCUUGCAAAAUCUUGGGAAUAAUUGCUUUUUGAAUGUCAUAUUACAGGCUCUAGCUAGCUGUUCAUAUUUCCAACCUUUUCUUCAAAAGGCAAUAGAAGAUUUGGAAUCAUCUGCCAUUGGAGAGUGGGGUGAAAAUUUACACCUUACAGUUGCUUUGGCUGCUUUACUAGAAGAACUAUCUGCAUUUGGUGAACAGAGAGUGGUUUUAAGUCCGAGGAAGGUGAUGCUUGCAAUGUCUGACUAUAUUCAAAAUUUCAGUUUAACAAGCCAACAGGAUGCUGAAGAAGCAUUUCUUCAUCUGUUGUCAUCUUUAAGAGAAGAAUUUUUAGAUUCUUACCCUCCAAAGGAGAGUUCUCUAGCAGAUGCUUUUGCUUCUUCUAACUAUAGGAUUCUUGCUCCAAGGAGGGGAGAAAUACUGAAUGAACAAGAAAGGUGGCAACAGCACUUAUUUGGACCAUUUGAUGGGAUUCUUAGUAGCAUUUUAACUUGUCAAAGUUGUUCAUCUCAGAUUUCAUUGAAUUUUCAAUUUUUUCAUAGCUUACCUCUUCUGCCAAUGCUUGAAAGCAGUUCUACCAUUAUGGCUGGAUGUACCUUAGAGGAGUGCUUGAAGCAGUUCAUUGUUGCUGAACAAGUUGAGAAUUACAACUGCAGCCAUUGUUGGCACAUUGCUGCAAUGAAGUUUUUGUCCUUAAAAGGAGCGAAAGAGAGAGACAUUGAAGAAAUUAGGAGAUGCAGUAUGCAAGAUUCCUGUACCUGCCACAGUCUUUCUCAUCUUGAAAAUAUACCAUGGUCAAAUAACUUUUCACGCACUCUAAAGCAACUAAGUAUUGCUCGUUGCCCAAAGAUUUUAUGCCUUCAUCUACAGCGUGUUUCAGUAAACCACUUUGGAGAACUAGUCAAACUUCAGGGCCAUGUCCGGUUUCCAUUAAUUUUGAACAUGCUUCCAUUCACUUUGGAAAAGGCACAAUGUCAAAAAGCAAGGCCUCAUUUGAAUCAUUUUAAUGUGCAAUCAGACACAAGAAUGCUAAAUUGUACUUUUGGGCAAAGUACCUACUCAAAGGUUGUAGCAGUUGAUGGGUCUGGGUUCAAUGGACAUGUAGAAACCUUCUUGGGAGAAUCUGGUUUGCCCAAAAUCAAAGGCUGUUCCAAAGCCAUAUGUACUGAUGUGAGCUUGCAAACUAAUGACAAGGUCGGUGUAGCUUGCUCAGUAGCUCCUACAGCACCUUUUCUAUAUCGACUUGUUUCUGUUGUAGAGCACUUCGGGAAGGCCGGGGGUGGCCAUUAUACUGUUUACAGAAGUGCAAGUUCCCAGACACUGAAAGAAUCUACCAGUGAAAAUCUCGAGCCUGCCCAUCUGCAGUGGUUUUGUAUAUCGGACUCUGAUGUAUCCAUUGUUUCAGAGGAAGAUGUUCUAGCUGCGGAGGCUAGCUUGCUUUUCUAUGAGAGGAUUGUAGAUGUCUGAAAUUCUUUGGAAAGGAACCACUUCUUUUGAAAGCUAUGUUGUAUUCUUCCAAAAGCGGCUUCCUUGCAGUUCCAAGUAAACACUUAUAUCAUGAAACUCUGUUGAAUGGAACCACCACAGUUUCAGCACUGUACUGCAGAAUAGAUGCGAGCGCUUAGCGAGUCCUUACGAGUCACCUGACACCCACCUUUGCCAAACUAAAUGCCUGGAUUCCUUCAUUAUCACUGGAAAAGUGCUCUAAGAAGUGCAUCCAAGAAGAAACACCGGUGCCGGGAUUCCUUUUUCUUUUUUGGUUGAAGAACAGGUAGUUGUAAGAUAGUAACAAGUUUUACUACAGUUUUGUAGUUCUUUGAAAUUCUUUUGUCAUGCGUUGAAGAGAGGAAAAUGAUGUGAAAUUAAGGAAAGAAAGGUCUUGCAAAAUCCACCAAGUAACCCUUGAAUUUCUGUUUUGAACUCUUCUUUUUUAUCUAAAGCAAGGCGAACAAAUCCCAAAAGAAAAUUCCUAGCUAGCGGAUGUCCAA